GAGUGCCUGCAGCUAGGCGGGGAAAGGCGUCCCGCUCCCGGCAUGGGCGCCGCCGUGGCCGCCUCCUCUUAGAGCCAGAAUCGGAUCAAGUAGAAUGCACUGAUUCAGCAGAACUGGCUGGUUGUGCUGCAGUCGUCAUGAGUAGGCACAGGGUCAUUCGUUUCUUAACAUAUGUAUAAGAGAAAAAGGUUCAGACAAGAAUCUGGUGGUCUUUCCCUGACAAAUGGAGAACUAUUUCCAAGCAGAGGCAUAUAACCUCGAUAAGGUUUUAGAUGAAUUUGAGCAAAACGAAGAUGCCGCUGUUUCACCUACACUCUUGGGUGCAAAGUGGAAUCAGAUUCUAGAUCCACCUUCUCGUCGUCUGUCAUUUAACCCAACCGUGGCCAAUGUGAAUGAAGCUACAACUCCUAAUGAAUGUCAACAGAGAUUAAAGUCUUUCUCCUUGUCUCAUUCAGUGACUACACCAACAGGAGGAGGGGGUCACUGUGCUAAUGGAAAGGAUUUUGGCAUAAGCCCAGAGACCCCAGUCAUGUGGAUUGAUGAUCAGGCAGCAGCAGAUGAUCAAUUGAUUAAAAGAAAUAGUAAUCGGGAUGAUCAGUGUAGCACUGUGGAAACAGGAGAAAAGAAAUGUGGAAAUACAGCUUGCUUGCCAGAGGAGAAAAAUGUACUAGUGGUGGCAGUCAUGCAUAACUGUGACAGAAGAACACUACAAAGUGGCGAUUUGCUGGAUUGUAAAAAUUACAACAGUCAGUCCCUAAUGGACACUAUUAGCUUUACACUGGAUAAUGAAAACCGUCAGAGUGAUCAGUUUAGUGUUACUGUAAAUGGAUCCACAGAAAAAGAUACAGAUACAGAAAAGCAAGUAAAUCAGCUGUGCACUGAAGAUGACUCUGUAAGUCAUUUGAUUAAUGCUUCAUCUGAAAGCCUGACCAUUGCAUGCCCCUCCUCUCGAUUAAAGGAUGAUUUUAAUAUGAGUAAAGAUUCACCGUUUUCAGAAGCUACAACUGCAGGGAUAAAUGCAGUGACUCUGUUACAGAGACCCGUUGAUGGUACUGUUAAAAUGCAAGAAAAUUGUGUAUCUGUUGAAAAUUUUACUAGUAAAGCCAUUCCUCAGAGAACGGACCUAGAAGCUAAAAACUCUUCUUCUGGUUCAAGUAAUGGAAGCUUAAUUGCAGAACAGGAAACAACCCAACAGUUACAGUCUAGGCUAUCUGGGCUCACUGAAACUUGUCAACCUAAUGUGGCUGGAAGUGGCAAUUACAAGGAACGUGUUGCAGAACAUUUUGCCCCGGAGGAUGUUAGUGCCACUGAAAGCGAAGUCAUUGAAUGUGAUAAAAAUCUUGGCACAACGGAGUUGCUCAGCAUGGUAGAGUGUUACCCUGAAUCUCAGGAGAUGACUAAUUGGGAACUGACUAAGUUGAAUGAGAUGAAUAAUAAGCAAACUCUGGGAGAGAAUGAAAGACUUUUGCAGGCAAAACAGCCUGAUGAGGCAUGUAGUAAUAGUAAAGAUGGUGGAGAUGGGAUGAUGGAGGCAGGCAUAGACUUAAAAGGAACUAGUAUAGAUGAGCUUGAAGGGUCCAGUCUCUCUGAUGUGGUGGCUACAUCAGCAGCAAGCUCUCUGUCUAAUGGUUGUGAUUCCUAUGGAAUGCAGAACCCAGUUGUUGCUCAUGUUCCAAAGACUUUACCCUCCAAGGAAGACUCAGUAACAGAGGAAAAGGAGAUAGAGGAGAGCAAAUCAGAAUGUUACGCUAAUGUUUAUGAACAGAGGGGAAAUGAGACCACAGAAGUGAGCGGUCUUAUUUUAAACAGCACUGGUGACCACAUAAAGAAAAAUUAUUUACAUAAUCUUUGUAGUCAGGUUUCAUCCAUGCAAGGGCAAGCUUCACCAAAACCAGUGACUAAUCUGCAAUCUAUCAGUGUUCCUUUUGGUGGUGCAAGACCUAAACAACCUACAAAUCUUAAACUGCAGAUUCCGAAGCCAUUAUCAGACCACUUACAAAAUGAUCUUGUUCCCCCAAAUUGUGGAGGUAAUAGCAAAAACAAAAACGUCUUUGGUAAAACACAAUUAGGGGAUACAGACGCGUUUCCUGGUGAAACAUCUUUAAAUGCCUCUGUUACUGAUACUAAUGGGGAACAUUUGGAAGAGUAUGAAUCUGGAGUCUCUAGUAGUCCGUGCCUUGCAGUAGCCCCAGAUAGUCCAGAUAAUGAUCUCAGAGCUGGUCAGUUUGGAGCUCCAGCCAGAAAGCCUUUUACGACUUUGGGUGAGGUGGCUCCAGUUUGGGUUCCAGAUUCUCAAGCACCGAACUGUAUGAAAUGCGAGGCCAGAUUUACAUUCACCAAAAGAAGGCAUCAUUGCAGAGCGUGUGGGAAGGUUUUUUGUGCAGCAUGCUGUAGCCUGAAGUGCAAGUUGCUGUACAUGGAUCGAAAGGAAGCUAGAGUGUGUGUAAUCUGCCAUUCAGUACUAAUGAAUGCUCAAGCCUGGGAGAACAUGAUGAGUGCCUCAAGCCAGAGUCCUAACCCUAACAAUCCCGCUGAAUACUGUUCUACUAUCCCUCCUUUGCAGCAGGCUCAGGCCUCGGGCGCCCUGAGCUCUCCGCCUCCCACUGUCAUGGUACCUGUGGGAGUUUUAAAGCAUCCUGGAGCAGAAGUGGCUCAACCUAGAGAACAAAGGCGUGUUUGGUUUGCUGAUGGGAUAUUACCCAAUGGAGAAGUUGCCGAUGCAGCAAAACUGACAGUGGCUGGGACAACUUCCACAGGAACCUUAGCAGUCUCGCAUGAUCCAUCAAAGCCUGUGACCAACAACACUUUAUCAGCAGAAACUGAUAAUGCUUCUGUAUUCUCGGGAAAUAUAACUCAGGUUGGCAGUCCUGUUGGCAGUGCAAUGAAUCUAAUUCCUGAAGAUGGUCUUCCUCCAAUUCUCAUCUCCACUGGAGUAAAAGGAGACUAUGCUGUAGAAGAGAGACCUUCUCAGAUCUCUGUCAUGCAGCAGCUGGAGGAUGGUGGCCCUGACCCUCUUGUGUUUGUUUUAAAUGCUAAUUUGCUGUCCAUGGUAAAAAUAGUAAAUUAUGUGAACAGGAAGUGCUGGUGUUUCACUACAAAAGGCAUGCAUGCAGUGGGGCAGUCAGAGAUAGUCAUUCUCUUGCAGUGUUUGCCUGAUGAGAAAUGUUUGCCUAAGGAUAUCUUUAACCAUUUUGUGCAACUUUACCGGGAUGCCUUAGCAGGUAACGUUGUUGGCAACCUGGGACACUCCUUUUUCAGCCAGAGCUUCCUUGGAAGCAAAGAACAUGGAGGGUUCUUGUACGUUGCAGCUACGUAUCAGUCCCUGCAAGACCUGGUGCUGCCAACCCCACCAUACUUGUUUGGCAUCCUCAUUCAGAAAUGGGAGACUCCUUGGGCUAAAGUGUUCCCCAUUCGGCUGAUGUUAAGACUUGGAGCUGAAUACAGACUUUAUCCAUGUCCACUUUUUAGUGUCAGAUUUCGUAAGCCUUUGUUUGGAGAGACUGGACACACCAUUAUGAACCUUCUUGCAGACUUCAGAAAUUACCAGUACACGCUGCCUGUGGUCCAAGGUUUAGUGGUUGAUAUGGAAGUCAGAAAAACCAGCAUCAAAAUUCCUAGCAACAGAUACAAUGAGAUGAUGAAAGCCAUGAACAAAUCCAACGAGCAUGUUCUAGCAGGGGGAGCGUGCUUCAAUGAGAAAGCAGACUCGCAUCUGGUGUGUGUUCAGAAUGAUGACGGGAAUUACCAGACGCAGGCCAUCAGCAUCCAUAAUCAGCCAAGGAAGGUGACUGGUGCCAGCUUCUUUGUGUUCAGUGGAGCUUUAAAAUCCUCUUCAGGCUACCUUGCCAAAUCCAGUAUAGUAGAAGAUGGAGUAAUGGUCCAGAUAACUGCUGAGAGCAUGGACUCGUUGAGGCAGGCCUUGAGAGAGAUGAAAGACUUUACCAUCACUUGUGGCAAAGUAGAUGCUGAAGAUCCUCAGGAACACGUUCAUAUUCAGUGGGUAGAAGACGAUAAAAACUUCAGUAAGGGUGUUGUAAGCCCUAUUGACGGCAAAUCAAUGGAGUCUAUAACAAGCGUGAAGAUAUUUCAUGGCUCAGAGUACAAGGCAAAUGGGAAGGUCAUUAGGUGGACAGAGGUGUUUUUCCUCGAAAAUGAUGAGCAACAUAAUGGUCUGAGUGACCCAGCCGAUCACAGCAGGUUGACUGAGAACGUGGCAAAGGCAUUCUGUUUAGCCCUCUGUCCUCAUCUGAAAUUGUUGAAAGAAGAUGGAAUGACUAAGCUAGGUCUGCGUGUUACACUUGACUCAGAUCAAGUUGGUUAUCAAGCUGGGAGUAAUGGACAGCCACUGCCCUCUCAGUACAUGAAUGACCUGGACAGUGCCUUAGUUCCGGUGAUUCAUGGAGGGGCAUGUCAGUUGAGUGAGGGGCCAGUCAUAAUGGAGCUCAUCUUUUAUAUUCUGGAAAACAUCUCAUAAGAGGACUUCAUUUUCUGUUCAGACCUGUUCCAGCAGCAGUUGUAUCUGAAUCAUUUGCACUUUAAAACUGGAAAAUUAAGCUUUUGUUAACACUAUUGGGGGAGGGGGGGAGGAGGGAGGGACAGUUGUUCCAUAAUUCUAAAUCUUCUAUGCAUUGUCAACAACAGAGGAUCAGGGCAGCUUCUAUACUACAACAUGGCUAUGCUAUCCUUGCAGCUAAUACACUUCUGUUACUGUUUAGAAAAAUGCUCAUGUUUAAAGACUUACAGUCAUGUACUCCAAGUGCUCAGACGGGUGCAAAGAUCACUGGGGCAUAAAUAAAAAGUGAAACUCCUAUCUUGUACUGUUUGUAGAUGGACACGUAAGGAACAACACUCAAGGCCUCCAUUCUGACCUCAUCAUAAUGCCGUUUGUGGUUAUUCUGUAGACAUUAAAAAGUAACGUUUACAUUAUUUUGACCAGAUUAUUGGUUGAAAUACGUUUGGAGUAGCCCUUCAGAUAUGGAAAGAUUCCCUAGCCAUAACUACAUUUGUCUAUGCCUCCAAACGAGCAGAAGGGCAGGCAUCUCCCCGGAAGCGGUGUUAUGUAAACUGCAGUUUUGUGUGUGUAAUAGGCUAGUUUACUUUUUCCCCUCUAUUUACUAUAAAAACCCGUCACCUCAGCAGAUUUCUAUUAUCUCCUAGAACAACUCUGCUAUUCUGUACUUUGUUUACAAAUCUGUAUGAAGCAGAGGAAAUAUUAGCCCUAAAGUGCAGUUAUAUCUCAUUCCUCUCCCCAGUAGGUCCUGCUUUUUAAAGACAAGUAACACCCAGGGCAGCUUUAAGUCUCCUCCUCGCUGUAUGCUGUAGUGUGACGCUAGUGUCAUGUAAUACGAGACAGCUUGCACCUCAUAUUAGCAGCACCGUGUAAAAGCUUACCUGUGAUAAAAGUAUAGAGUGGCUGUUUUUGCAUGUUCUGCUG